GCACAGGGCAGCCAGAGGCACGCUGAGGAGGAUGGAGGCCAGCAUGAACCUCCUGCACGACGCUGGCAUCCAGACGACACACUGGCUGCAGCAGCGCUUCCAGGGCUCCCAGGACUGGUUCCUCUUCAUCUCUUAUGCUGCUGAUCUCAGGAAUGCUUUUUAUGUCCUCUUCCCCAUCUGGUUCCACUUCAGUGAAGCAGUGGGCAUCAGGCUCAUCUGGGUGGCUGUGAUCGGAGACUGGCUCAACCUCGUCUUCAAGUGGAUCCUCUUUGGGGAGAGACCAUACUGGUGGGUCCUUGACACAGACUAUUAUGGCAACAACUCUGCACCAGAGAUCCAGCAGUUCCCGCUCACCUGCGAGACUGGCCCUGGGAGCCCAUCUGGCCAUGCCAUGGGUGCAGCAGGCGUGUACUACGUCAUGGUGACAGCCCUCCUCUCUGCUGCUGGGGGAGAGAAGCAGUCAAGGACUCUCAGAUACUGGCUGCUGUGGACAGUGCUUUGGAUUGGGUUCUGGGCAGUUCAGGUCUGUGUCUGCAUGUCCCGAGUCUUCAUUGCUGCUCACUUCCCCCACCAGGUGAUUGCAGGGGUUUUCUCAGGGAUGGCUGUGGCCAAGACCUUCCAGCAUAUCCGCUUCAUCUACCGUGCCAGCUUCCAUCGGUACCUGGGCAUCACCCUCUUCCUCUUCAGCUUCACCCUGGGUUUCUACCUGCUGCUGUGGACAUUCGGCGUGGACCUGCUCUGGACGCUGGAGAAGGCACAGAAGUGGUGCAGCCGCCCUGAGUGGGUCCACAUUGACACCACUCCCUUUGCCAGCCUCCUCCGUAACUUGGGCAUCCUCUUCGGGCUGGGGCUAGCCCUCAACUCCCACAUGUACCAGGAGAGCUCCCGGCUGAAGCAGGGCCAGCAGCUGCUGCCCUUCCGCCUGGGCUGCAUCGCUGCCUCCCUCCUCACCCUCCACAUCUUCGAUGCCUUCAAGCCACCCUCCCACACGCAGCUGCUCUUCUACGCCCUCUCCUUCUGCAAGAGCGCGGCCGUGCCGCUGGCUGCCGUCGGCCUCAUCCCCUACUGCCUCUCCCAGCUCCUGGGCACACAGGACAAAAAGGCUGCCUAAGGCAGGCAGACACCCCAGCCCUAGGUGCACCUCAGCCACUGUUUGUUUCCCACUGAAUCUGCACUGGGAGCAGACCAUGGAGGUUGGGCUGGUGCUGCUGGGUGGCUCCUACAACACGGACCCACGCUGUCAGUCACACUGGUCUGUGGCUGGCUGAUGGCACAGAGAGCCCUGUGUGCCCAACACUCCCCUGCUGUCCCUCCUGCACCCACACGUGAGGGUCACCUCCCCAGGACCCAGCAGCAGCAGUGGGAGGUCCUGCACUCCCUUGCAGCUCGUGGGGACAGGGCACUUCCACACUGCAGGGCUGGGGACAGCACCACUGGGAGCAGGGCUCUCACGUCAGCAUGCCUGGGGGCUGCUGAAGAGGCAGCUCUGUGACAAGAAUGGGCAGGUACUGUGACAUGGAGAUAAAAGUGGCAGUGUGAGGGACCCCCCAGCCCUGGGAUGUUUGGUGUUCACCUCUGUGUGAUGCAGUGUGGGGUGCACACACGCCCAUGUGUACAGGCAUAACAUGUACCUGUGCAUACAUGACAUGGGGUGGGGUUGUGCACAGGAGUAUUUUAUUAAAGAUGAAGGUUGUUUAGCUGGUGAGU